UUAUCAGCGGGGGAAAAAAAACUAUAUAAAUAUAAUUUCUGACGCUUGAUUUUACAGUAAUAACGAUAACUGGAGUAACAAGGCGAAAACUUUGGAACGGUUUCCAUGGGAAAUGUUUGUAAAGAUCAUCCUGGACCAAAACUAAAAAGGCAGUUAGAGAUGAAGAAAUAGGGAGGGUAAGAAAUAACGGAAACGAACACAACCAAACUGGGACAAUAACAGUAACUGUCUAUCUAUGUCUGUCUGGAGCUGUCGCUGUAUUUAUGAGCCCUGAGCAGUGCGGUCUGGAGAGGCUGUGAUUUCUGCAGUUAGCCGCGAAGCUAACGGUUCAGCUCGGGUCAUUCAUCGCUGCGAGACUCUACCGCUACAAAAAACACGCCUGCGCCGUUAAAUGAUUCUCAUUCACCGAUAAUGUAGCACUUUACCGGUAAUGAUCGGGUAAAUAUGUAUUUAGGCAUGGCAAACAUUUAAGCUCUAAUAUAUUCUUAUUUAAAAGAACAAAACGGGUAAUUCUCAAGGCCACGGAUGGAACCGGGGCCUCAGCGUGAGAACCCCCCCGGGUCAGGGGAGCCUGAGAACGGGGAGUGGAGAGAGCAGAGCGCCGCGGUGGACACCGGGGAGAGGGACGACACCCUGAAAAACAGAAGCGGGGAUGGAGGAAACGAGGAAAUCACGAUCAAAACCGAGAACACCGUGGUGGCGGAGAAAGAUAAGGAUGAGUUUGAUGAAGAUGAGGAGCAAUAUGAGGAAGAGCUGGACCCCAGGAUUCAGGAGGAGCUGGAGCACUUGAAUCAGGCCAGUGAUGAGAUCAACCGAGUCGAACUACAGCUGGAUGAAGCGAGAUCCAGCUACAGGAGGAUCCUUACAGACUCGGCACGCAAACUCAACGCUCAGGGCUCUCAGCUGGGAGCCUGCAUUGAGAAAGCCAGACCUUAUUACGAAGCCCGUAGGCUCGCUAAAGAGGCUCAACAGGAGACCCAGAAGGCAGCGCUGAGGUACGAGAGGGCUGUCUCCAUGCACACGGCUGCCAGAGAGAUGGUUUAUGUGGCUGAGCAAGGUUUAUUGGCUGACAGGAACACAUUGGACCCUACCUGGCAAGAGAUGCUAAACCAUGCCACAGCAAAGGUGAACGAGGCAGAAGAGGAGCGUUUGAGGAGCGAGAGGGAGCACCAGCGUGUCACUCAGCUUUGUCAGGAAGCAGAAGCACGUGUGCAGACUUUGCUGAAGGCUCUUAAGAGGGUCAUUAUAAAGUCCAAGCCUUAUUUUGAGCUCAAGGCUCAGUUCAACCACAUCUUAGAGGAGCACAAGUCCAAAGUCGUCCUGCUGGAGGAACGAGUGGCGAAGGUGAAAACCCGAUAUUCUGUCGCCCUCCACAACCUUGAGCAAAUCAGCGAGCACAUCCAUGCCCAAAGGGGUCGCAUUCGUGCUGCCAAAGAGCGAAACAGAGCCCGUGGGGGGCGGAGCUCUCCAGUGGGGGCGGAGUCUGAGGGUGUAAUCCAGGCAGGGGCGUAUGGAGGGGUGGUGGCCAAUCCCUUAAUGGUUAAUGACUGGGCUGAUCAGGAGAAAACCAGGCAGUGGGUGGAGAAACACAGGGAGGCGGGGUGGGGCCAGAGAGAGAGGGCGGAGAAGGCGGCGUCAGACUCCAUGUCAGUCAUCAGCCUGCAAACCAUCGCCUCCGACCUGGAGAAGUUCGAUUCUGUGGAGCACUUGGGAAACCUUAGUGACGUCGGAAGUAUAAUAGGUGAGGAGAAAGAGGCAGAGAGCGAAAGAGGAUUUAGGGUCGAUGAUAGAAUAGUAGAGAGAGAGGUGUUGAACCUCUCGAGACAGGACACAGAGAACGGUGCCUCAGGGACGGACAGAGAGCAGAGAGAUAGAGAGCAAGAGAGCUUUGUGAAGCAGCACCACAGAAGUGUUAGUUUGUGAGGAAACAAGAAAUUAGAGUUGCCUGUUACUCCACUCCAGUGUUGGAGGGCUAAAGCUUGCCUGCAUGCUUCCAGGAGAGACUCUCAACUGACUACAAAUAAAUCAGACUGAAAACACUGCAUUCUAUUAAAUGGAUAGUUUAGCCGAAAAUGAAAAUUGUCACUCACCCUUAUGUUGUUCUAAACCUGCAAGACCUUCGUUCAUCUUUAGAACACAAAUUAGGAUUUUUUUUGAUGAAAUCCGAGAGCUUUCUGACCCUCCAACGCAACUGAAAUUUUAGUCCCAGAAAGGUCAUUGUAAAAAUAGUCCAUGUGACAUCAGUGGUUCAUCCACAAUUUUACAAUGCUGCGAGAAUACUUUUUGUGUGCAAAGAAAACAAAAAUAACCCUGAGUUACCGUCAUCUGCCUUUUAUCGAAAGUACCGUAAUGCAUGAGUGUUUGUUCCUCUGCACGUAAUCAGUGCAUGUGGUACUCUCUAUAAUGGCAGAAGAUAGUAACUCGGGGGAGAAGAAUUGUUAAAUAAAGUCAUUGUUUUGUUUUCUUUGUGCACAAAAAGUAUUCUCAUAGACUCUUAAAACUGAAGUCAAGCCACUGAUGUCACAUGGACUGUUUUAGCGAUGUCCUUACUACAUUUCUGGGUCUAAGAACAUUUAGUUGUGUUGCUGUCUAUGCAGGGUCAGAAAGCUCUCGGAUUUCAUCAAAAUACCUUAAUUUGUGUUCUGAAGAUAAAAGUCUUUUUUUUGUGAAUAAUCCUUGUAAAGGUGAAGUGUGUAAUUUCUGUGCCCAUGUGGCACUUAAUGGAAUUGCAAAAACAUACAGGUUUCCCAAAAUAUUGGUUAGACGAUCCGCCCCCAAACUUAUGGUCAGUGUUGCCACAUCAGGCUUGUCUGGAUUCCCUGGGGGAAGUCGUGGCCUAGUAGUGGUUAGAGAGUUUGACUCCUAACCUUAGGGUUGUGGGUUCGAGUCCCGGGCCGGCAAUACCACGACUUAGGUGCCCUUGAGCAAUGCAUCGAACCCCCAACCAUAAAUGGCUGCCCACUGCUCCGGGUGUGUGUUCACAGUGUGUAUGUUAUUACUGCUCUGUGUGUGUGCACUUUGGAUGGGAAUUCUGAGUAUGGGUCACCAUACUUGGCUGAAUGUCACGUCACUUUCACUUUCUAAAAGAGUUUACACGUUUCAUAGUAAUCAACAUCAUCAACUUGAUCAACAAGCUUGAGAAGAAUCCAGACAAGCCUGAUGUGUCAACACUGGCUCAACCAAUGGCAUAUGCGGAUCAUCUAAUCAAUGACAGAAAGUAUUUUACUUUCUGAACAAUUAUUAAAUACUCCAUCUUUAUUAACACUAACUAUGGAAGUCCGUUUCCACCUGAGAGUAAAAAAAACUAAUUGGUAAACAAAUUGAUCAACAUUUCUUCACCAUCAAAGGAUUAGUUCACACCAGAAUUAAAAUGUCCUGAUGAUUUGCUCACCCCAGAGUCAUCCAAAAUGUCCACAUCUUUCUUCAGUCGAAAAGAAAUUAAGGUUUUUGAGGAAAACAUUUUAGGUUUCUUCUCCAUAUAGUGGACUUUAAACAGGAACCAGUAGGUUGAAGGUGCUAAUUGCAGUUUCCAUGCAGCUUCAAAGAGUCUUAUCUAGUAAAACGAUUGGUAAAUUUCCUCAAAACACAUUUUUUUACCACAAAUGCUUGUCUUGCAUGAGCUCUGUGAUCUGCGUCCAUAACAUCACACACCGCACAUCACAGAGCUCGUGCAGGACGAGCAUGUGUGGAUAAAAAGUAUUUACGUUUUAUUUGUAUUUUAUUUUUAUAUUUUUUUAGUCUUAAUUUUAUUUAUUUAUUUUUAUUUUUAUUAUUUAUUUAUUUAUUUUUUACUGAAAAUGGUGGAAACUGUCCUACAUAAAUAAUAGUCCUACCAAAUGGUUCAAAUGAGUGCAAAGCUCCUCCAAGUGUGGCGACUAAGAUUCAGACAUGAUAUUGAAUCCAUUUUUGGACAUAAUUAAUCGAGAGGAAGGAGAAUAUUAACACACCUACACUGAUUGACGUGGCAUUAUUGUAACACUGCACUAUAGCGGAGGGGGUUCAGAUGUUCUUGGCAAAUUAAUGAAUAACAAAAAGGAGGAUGUAUUUUAUUCAAUCCGCAGGGAUUUGUAGUUCUCAUGCUCUGAUCCUGUCUUUUAUUGGCUACUGUUUCACUCGGUCAGGGAACAGGGGAAAAAAGACAGAAAAGACACUUCACACAUUGCGAGAGAGAGGGAAAACAAGCGAGAAAUGGAUUGAACAUUGCAGAUCAAACUCACAUCUCUUUCUAUUACCUCAAAAAAGGGAAAUGCUCUUAGAGUGGAGGUAUAUUGGUACAGUAAAACACUUUCCUGAUAGGCUUCCAUUGUUAGUGUGUAACUUUAAACAUUUUUUUUGUUUGUUUAGGAGAAUGAAAUUCAGCCUGACUUAAAGUCUUUUCUGUGGUGAUGGUUAAUAUGACACUCUUCAUCUGACUUAACUUGUAUGUAACCUGGAAUAUAUAUUAUAUAUAUAGUUUUUAUAAUAUUGCUGUAUUUGGUUCCCAUCUCCGGGUCUCUCGCAUCAAGUGUAGAUAUCUGGAAUAUUUAGUUUUUAUAAUUUUAUUUGGCUGUCAGUUGGUAUUAUUUCAUGCAACAUGUAAUGUUAAGUUCGUGGCAUUUAUGAUAUAUUUUACUGUACUGUUUUUAUUGUCUUUGAUAUUUUUGAGAGAUUUUAGGUCAGUUGAGGAAUGAAAGGAAAUGUGUGUCAGUUCUGCUGCUUUUUACAAGAAAAGUUGGGUAAAUAAAACAAAUGCGGUGCGACUGAAUGAUGUGUAUUUGUUGACAUAACUGUUUUACAGAUGUACACUAUGAAAUCAUGUAAUAUGCUAGCUGAAAUCAUGUAAUAUGCUAGCUGUUUGAACAAACCGUGCUGUGAACAGUACAUUAUUGUAUGCAAGUUUACAUCCUACUCUCCUCUCCCAAAUGUUUUUGUUGUUUUGGUAUUUUUUUCAAACGUAGUUGUUGUAGUUUUUGUCCAGAAAGCCCCAUCAUAACCUGCUGAGUACAGAUUCCUCACCUUUCCUCACAGUAAAUAGAUGAAGCUGUGUAGAGUUAUUCCAGUAUGCUGCUGUCUCUCUCUCCAUUCGUUGGUCACAUGAACUCUAUGUAUAUACAAGCUGAUGUAUGAUGAGUACAAUUAAUCUCUACGUGACUGAUACUGUAACUUAUUCUGUAAAUGUUUAUUUAUUGCACAGUUAGAGAUAUUAAAACUUUAAUUUAACAA